UUACAAUAACUUAUUAUUUUUUGAUAGGCUAUUAUUGAGUUUGAUACUUUUAUAAGAAAUUGGGAGACUACAGCUAAAGAAAAAAUAGAACAACUUAAGCAAAGGAAAAAAAAUGGUGACUCUGUCGAUCUGGAGAAAAUGAAAAGCUUUUAUUUAUCAAUUACAGCUAGUACCCUGACUGGACUAAAAAUUUCUUUGGGGUCUACCUUGGAAUUGAUAGAUUUUUUACAUUCCAAGUGCAAUUAUGAUUAUCUGAUGACGUCGAGAUUAACACAAGACAUGCUCGAAAAAUUUUUUGGGAUCGCUAGAAGUGCGUGUGGAUCCAAUGAUCAUCCUGACCCUAUUUUGUUCUCACAAGUAUUCCGGUUGCUCUGCUCUUAUUCAUUGGCAACACCUCCAAAAGGAUCUAAUGUGACUGCAGGAGAAUUACUAGGUUCAUUAAUGCAGACUAGAGAAUCGUUUGAAGCAAGUAAUGUUAACAAAGAAAACUGGAGUAAAAAAAUUGAUGCUAUCAUUGAAAAUGCAUCUGGAAAUCCCAGUAGUGCAGAAGCAAAUACCGACGAUGAUCGUACAGGUUCUAAUAAUGCAAGUGACAAUAAUAAUAAUGAUAAUAAUAAUAAUAACAAUAAUGAUGAUGAUAAUAAUGAUGUUGACGGCGAUAAAAAUAAAGUUAUUAAUAAUGAUAACGACUAUGAUAAUUAUGACAACACUAGAAGAGAUCAUGAGGGUGAUGAUAAUAACAAUAAAGUGCCUUUGAACUCGGUGGACUCAAGAUAUGAACACGAUUACGAUAUUGCUCAAACUAGCAACUAUGUGAUUUCAUAUAUUGCGGGAUAUGUAGCCCGUAAAAUAGGUCGGUUUUUCCAAAUGCUUUGA